CUGAAAUAUUGCCUUGUUGUUUUUAUAUUUCUUUUCUGAUCUUUUCAUUUUAGUUUAUUUAUCAUUUCUUUUUACCUCUCUUUUCGAGAAGUAGUUGUACCAUAUCAUUUGCAUCGACGAUAUCACCUAUAUAUCCAGCCGAACGAUCUCGCAAGAAACCUCUUUUCCUAUGGUUCCGUGCCCACCCCAACUAUGUUCUCUUCACCGUGGCCAUCUCGCUUCUUACCGAUAUGAUGGUCUAUACCAUAAUCGUGCCUAUCAUGCCUUUUGUGAUUAGUGCUCUUCAACAAGGAAGACCACCUGAUUCGGGCGGAAGCCCUUAUGAUGGCAAAGUUGAAAAUGGAGGAAGCACAUCGCAACAGACCGGCGUUUUAUUGGCGCUGUUUGCUGCAGGCUUACUGAUCGGAUCGCCUAUUCUCGGAUACUUGGGCGAUCGCAUGACACGAAGAAGAAUCCCUAUGUUACUCGGUAUUCUCGGUUUAUUUGGCUCAACAUUUUUGUUCUUGUACGGCACACAAUAUUGGGAAUUCCUUGUUGCCCGUUUCCUGCAAGGUUUCUCAGAUGCAUGUGUCUGGACGUUGGGCAUGUGCCUUAUAGCAGAUACGUUCCCCAUCGAAACGUUGGGCCUACAGAUGGGCAAAGUCUUGCUAUUCCAUUCCGUUGGUCUUGUUGCUGGUGCACCAGUAGGCGCUUUAUAUCAGCAAUUCGGUUACAAGGCGCCCUUCAUCCUGUGUGUCGCUUUAACCGGAUUUGAUUUUCUGCUGCGUUUAUUCCUAGUCGAGCGUCGCAAUCAACCCGCGGAAUGGUUCAGUGACAUAAAGGGUUCAGAGGAGAAGUCUUCACCAACCAUUAUGUCUAAUGAUGAAACAGGUAUUGCGGAAGCUACCACUCAAACCGCACGUCGACAGGUCAGCACCUGGCAAUUGCUGAAACAUCCUCGCUUGUUAUGUGGUAUGCUGGUCGCAUUUGCACAAGGAACCGUUUUCAAUGUUUUUGAGCCUACGCUGACGGUGCGUUUAUCUACCGAGUGGGGUUUUGACUCUGCCAAAAUCGGUCUUGUAUUUUUGGCUCAGGUCAUCCCUACAUUCGUGUCAGCACCCAUGUCUGGUUAUCUGUCAGAUCGCUUUGGCCCCAAAAUCGUCACAGUUCCUUCGAUGAUCUUAUGUGCAAUUGCUGUUUUGUUGAUGGGAAUUCCUAAUGCACACACUGCAGGCGGUGUUGCUCCGUUGAUUGUGUUACUUGCCAUUCAGGGCGGAACUGCACACGCUUUUGUCACUCCCGUUCUCUCGGAAAUCGCUUACGUCGUACAAUCGCAAAACCCGGAAGGGGGUGAUGAUGGUCAAGGCAGAAGUUAUGCCCUUUUCAACAUUGCUUUUGGUUUAGGCAGUCUUGCAGGUCCUCUAGUCGGCGGUUUUGUUUAUGGAGCUGUCGGGUUCUUCUGGCUCUGUAUCAUCAUUGGAUGUUUCCUCAUCCUUUGCAUUCCUUUCCCCUUUAGAUAUAUGGGAGGUACCAAACAAUUUAUCAUUCGAAAGACCACCGCCAAAUCUUUGGAAGCAUUCCCCAACACUGUGAACGAAACGAUCGAUGCCAAAGAAGGCAAGCAAUCGAUGUCGCGUGAUGAUACUGCUAACAAAGCAUAGUUAUAUCAACGCAAGGUGACUGUAUGCUGUCAAUGGUUUAUCAAAUUCUUCAGAUCCCUGGCAAAUAUUUAUCUUGUAUUUAGAAAUCAUUUCUUUUCAUUUGUAUUUUCUACACGCAAAGCAACGCAAUCAGACAUCUAGAAUAAAUAAUCAUUGG